UGAGAUGAGGUAUGCAUAGUAGGAGGCUUUGAUUUACAUUGUUCGAGUAUGGUAAUGAAGAUCGUUUGCGAUAUAAAAUUCAUAUCAGUGAUCAACAUUGUUGAUGGGGCUGAUUAUUUAUUCACUUCCAUAUAAUGGAAUAUGGGUUUAAAAGAAUUUAUGAAUAGUAUAACAGAGGCUUUUGGAGUUGAUUGAUGAUAUUAUGCUAGUCGUUACUUGCUUGUCUGAGUACUGUCUUAAACAUUGAAGCUAAAAUAGAGAUCCCCAAUGUAGAAAUUUGACAUGUGUAAUGAUAUGUAUUAAUUUAUAAGUUAUUGUAAAAAAGUUAUAACAAAACUUUUUUUGUAUAAAAUUUUCCAAAAUUAUUUCCCAUAAUACCUAUGCAAAUUAACGUAAAAUGACAGUAAUCUAGCUUUGUUAAGCAUUGAAAUCUUUCUGUUUCAUCUCUCAAUGGUCCAGUAUAUCAAUGUUUUGUCCUCUCGAUGUUCGAACUGUGUGCACGAUCGAUCGACCGUGAAGCAUAAUGCGAAUCGGAUCAAUGAAACAGAUCCAUCCCACCAUUCCGGGACAUUGCGUUCCGUUGUGCGGUGAUUUAACCAAUCAGAGCGCUGGCACUAGGUGACCGCUCCCACUGGCUCCCGAUCUCGCGAGACGAUCGCGCCGGUACACGAGAGCAAGCAUCGCGAACGCGUGUUCGAGCGCGGCCGAACAAAACUGUCUGUGUUGGGGCUACUACAAAAACAUAAGGAAAGCUUUCGCAGGAAGCUUUUUUGAGCAUAAGAAACGGUCGUGUCUUGAAGACGGUUUGUCUGUUGAUGUGUGCGUGUCGGGCUUCUCGACUACCUCGGGGAAGCUGAUGUAGGGGAAGCUUUAUUUUGUUUCGUGUUUGUUUCACAUUUUCUUCUUCUUACGCUACUUCUUCUUACACCAAAGGGAGGAGACAGAAAAGUCAGCGCAAAGAAGAGGAGACGACUAAAGCAUAAACCGCAACCGUCGAAGCAACAAAACCGCUGCGAAGAAAGCGAAGAAGUCAAUGUUCGGUGUGUUGCGAGUUUUCCUUUGUUGCUCUCGCGUUACGUUGGCACCCAUGUGUGAAGACGUUCGUAUGCUCGGAAAGGAGUAGAAUGAAGCAACCAGCAAACAGGCACCUUACUCGAUUUCUGACCCUAGGGCCGCUACCGAGCGGUCCGGUGCGGCAUGGUUGCGGCAGGUUACGAUCGCAGCAGGUUUUGGCGGCCUGCUUCGGCUUUCGGUGUGUCAGUGUGUGUGUGUGCGUUGGUAUGCGCAACAUCAUGCGCAAUCGCCGCGCUGCUACAGUUAAGGCGAGCUUUAUGAGCCUGCGGGCGAUAGGUGCGGAAGCGUGAGCGAACGGGUCAAUCUCUAGAACGCUGGAAAGGGAUGCAACGAUUAAACCGAUCGGACGGCCGGUGUGUUUCUCGAUCGAAUGCUGCCGUUACGGGAAGGUCACGGGCAGAUCGCGACGAUCUCCGGUGGCCAGUAUUUGUGCAAACGUCGUUUGAAGCGGGUCGAACCUCGGACCGCUGCAUUUCCGUAACGGAUGGUGUCUGUUUGUUAAGCCGCGUGACUUCAAUAGUUUCGUCGGGUUCGUCGCUUAUCGCGCAAGUCUUUCGUAUCAAAGCGAAAGAAUCGGACGAAGGAACGUUUGUUUCCGGUGUGUGUGUGUUUUAUUUUCAUCGGCAAUCAAACCGAAUGCAGACUGAUGAAGUGUUGUACGGAAAGGGAGGCUACUAUUCGGUGCUAUAGCCCGAUAAACGAUGGUGACUGACUCAGAUUUCAAGUGCUUUAUGGAGCCGUCGGUGUGCGCUAGCGAUCGAUCGUAAUGGAAGUAAUGAUAGUUGGUCGAACGAUCGACACAAAACGGCAAUGAAACAGCAAUCGUACCUGUAGUUAAUAGUUAUUUUUCGCUAGAAGAGUCUAUGGUAGUGAUCGAAGAUCAUCCGCUUCGUGUUUUGUAACUAUCGAUACAUACUGACGUAUAUCUUGUGUUGGGAAGGAAAGUUGGGGGAAAGUAGUGAUUUCGACUGUAACAGUGAUUUCGUUAGCAAGUGAGUGUUAGCAGUGUGUUUAAUCGACUGUUAAAGGACGUUCAUUGUUCAUCAAAGGCAAAUAAAACAGGAACAUGGAAACGUGUGUGUUAAUACCGCAAGAAUUUGCACUGGCCGUGACAGGUGUGGGUGCACGGAACUCCCGAGACCAGACGGCAACGGUUUGGUCAAACACGGCCAUUCCGCAAGGCACGCUGUGUUAUCCCUUCCAAGGCACAGUUCGAAUCGACAAUUUGGACGUUUAUUCUACCAUCGAGGAGGACGAUAUUCGACACCGGUUUGGACUGUACGACGAGAUCACCACUGUCAAUGGACGAACGGUACGACACUGCAACUGGAUCCGGUUCCUGCGAGUGUCGGAAACAUACGGCCCACAGGUGAACGUGGUCUGCGCCAAGGUGAAAGGUGAGCCGAUCUACGAGAUCGUGAAGGCGAUCCCGUCGCAUCAGGAGCUGGUCGUCUACUAUCUGCCCGAGGGCCCCGAGGAACUGUUCUUCAUCCGGAUGCGUAGCCAGCUGUAUCGCCAAACGAUGGACUCGAUUCUCGAAGACUCACCGCUGGACCUUUCGACGUCGCUCCUGUCGAGGGUGAUGCUACCGAUCUCACCGUCGUCCGGCGCCGAAGAUGAACACAAGUCGGUGUCCGGCGACGACUCAUCGAUUUCGAUCUCGUCCGGAGCCAGCACCGGUGGGGAUCGGUGUGACGGUGCGCUGGAUCUCGAGCUGGCGGCGAUCUCCACCGGACCAGGAUCCCGAGCAUCGCCCAAAGCUCGUCCUACGGCCCGUUCCGAGCGGGCCAUGUUACCGUGUGAAGUGUGCGGGAAGGCGUUCGAUCGUCCUAGUCUUCUGAAGCGUCACAUGCGCACACACACCGGCGAAAAGCCACACGUGUGUGGUGUGUGCGGCAAGGGCUUCAGUACGUCCAGCUCGCUGAACACGCACGUCCGGAUACAUUCGGGUGAAAAGCCCCACCAGUGUCAGGUGUGCGGCAAACGGUUCACCGCCAGUUCCAACCUCUACUACCACCGGAUGACGCACAUCAAGGACAAACCACACAAAUGCAGUCUCUGCUCCAAGUCCUUCCCAACGCCGGGUGAUCUCAAGUCUCACAUGUACGUCCACAACGGUUCCUGGCCGUUCAAGUGUCACAUCUGCUCGCGGGGCUUUUCCAAGCAGACAAACCUGAAGAACCAUCUCUUUCUGCAUACAGGUGAUAAACCGCACGUGUGUGAAAUCUGCAACAAAUCGUUCGCGCUGGCCUGCAAUCUGAAGGCCCACAUGAAAACACACGAAGACACUGGCUCGAGCCACGAAGGUGAAUCCAACCGUAGCACCCACAGUCACAGCGAGGGCGAAGAGUCGAAUUCUUCGCCAUCUUCCCUGCAGGGUAGCACCGUCAGUGCAACCGCGUUCGAGAAGGCCGAUGCGGACCGUUUGGCAAACUUCUCCAAGCACCUGCUGUUCUCGAGCUACACCAAACAGAUGCUGUCCGGGGUGGGCUGAUAAGGUGCGUCCUGUCCAGGGACAUGCAGUCCAUUUGAUGCUGGUUCGUGGGCGCACACUGGAGGCUCCGUCCACGGAACGCUUGCACCGCGUACGCACGUAAGCCAGACAAGGUCGCACUCACUCGCACCCAUCCCUUACUAGAUUAGCACGGACUCUUACUCAGCUAAUAUAUUAAACAUACGCAAGCAAACAAAACCUUUAAGGUUUGGCAGUAGCAGAGAGGAUAGCAAUGUGAAAAUUGGUAACCAAUUUUCAAACGCCCCGUAUCGUAUCGUGUUCUCCGAAGAUGCCAAACUCGGGAGGGUAUUUUUUUUUUUAAUUUUAUAUUUCGAGUUCCAUGGGGUCCGCUGGCCAAAGACAUAACGCUUACUACGAGCACUUUUCCUACCUCUUGGUUCUCUUUUUUCCCCGUUGACACAUAACGCACCUACCGCAAGACGAGGCCGAUGCGUGGCAGGGGCAGCGCACGUAAUGAAAAAGAAACGCGGAUGACAUUUAGGGCGCACGUGCCGCUGCGACAGAUAGUGUAAAUACGUCACUUAUCGUUCUUGAGUUUUAUCGAGACAGAAUGGAAAUGGUACAUACUAUAAUGGUAGUACAUUGUACAGUGAGAAAAUAAAUAACUUUAUUGAAAAA